UUUGUUUUGCUUCUGUUAGGCUGCUCAUUCAAACGCCUCAGAUGCAUCCAGAUGGCUAGCGAAGGGUCUGAGAUCUUGCAGUACCCGCGUCUUUUUAUGACAGACGGGUUUAUGAGCUUUCCCAUUUGGUGUAUGGAUGCCGUUGGGUCGAUGGCCUUCAUUCAGGCCGCAGUAUGGCAAACGGCUGGUGUAAAGAAACCCAGCGAGACCCAACGUGAAGGAAGCAGUUUCGUUGUGGAUAUGGAAAAAGCAUAGAGGUCUUCGGGACUGAGUCGCUAACGAGUUUCUUCGUUUCUUUGCAUUUGUGGUUUUUGCUUUUGUGUGUGUGGG